AUGAAAUUCGCAAUUUGCUUCUUAUUUGGAUUGGUAACACUCAAUGCAGUCUUUGUCAAAAAGCCAUCUAACCCAAAUGCAGGAGUCUUUGCUGAAUUGGAAGAGAUUGAAGAACAUGCAUUAGGAAGAAAAUUGCUUGACACAAUUCUCUUUAAAUGA